CGCCGCAGAAUAUGGGUCGCGUGCGCACCAAGACCGUGAAGAAAUCGUCGCGUCAGGUCAUAGAACGGUACUACUCCCGCAUGACCUUGGACUUUCACGUCAACAAGAAGGUGCUCCAGGAGGUGGCGAUCAUCCCCUCCAAGCGACUCCGCAACAAGAUUGCGGGGUUCUCAACCCAUCUCAUGCGGCGGAUCCAGCGCGGCCCCGUGCGCGGCAUCUCCCUGAAGCUCCAGGAGGAGGAGCGCGAGCGCCGCAUGGACUUCGUGCCCGACGAGUCCGCGCUCAAGCUCGAUUCAAUCCUCGUCGAUAAGGAAACUAUCGACAUGCUCGCGGCGCUCGGCAUGGCCGAUCUCCCCGGCGUCGAGAAGCAGGCCGAGACCCCCGCCGUCCCCGCCUACGCCGGCCGCGCGCCCUACGGCGGCGGGCGCAGGGGCCCGCUCUAAGCCCCUCGCCGGAGGUGGUGGUGGUGAUAUCUCCAUUCUCCUUAGAUCCCGUUAAAUCUCUCUCCUUUCUAAUGGUUUUGGUUUUAGUUUCUUCGGACUCGGCAAUCGUGAUGUUUCGAUUUCAUGUCGUUGGCAAUAGUUGGUUAUAACUUGUUUUGCGUUGUAGUAAUUUUGGAUCUUGGAUUUUUAUUAUAAUAUGUUGAAUCUUGUUGCUUAUUAAAUUCUGGAUUUGAAUGUUGGUUAAAUACUGCACAUGAUCUGAGUUGGCUAUUAUUGCCGAGGAAGAGAAAUUACUACAUAAUAAGGGAUUUGGAA